GGGCCAAGGAGAAAAAGAGGCCGGGGGGACUGCCGGCCUUCCCUGGGGAACCCCAUCUGGCCUGCCCUCCUCCCUCGGCCCAUGGAAUUUGGACGCGCUGAGGGCUCGCUGGUUUCGGUUCCGAGGCCGGGCGGAUCAUGGGGGGAGGCACCUCUGGGCAUCUCGUCCGCUUUGAAAUUGAAGUGAUUUGAAGCGAAACUUACUUAGGAGGGACGUGCCCCCAGACCCACAGUGGCCGGCCGCCUCCCCUGGCCCCCCACCACGCACCAAGGAUCAGGAGCCGCGCGCGAUGCGGCCUGGAGCCCCGGGCUUGACGCCACCGCCCCCGCCGGCAUCGCCCCUUCCUCGGGCGGGGAAGUUGUAGGGGCAGCGUUUUAGGGGUUCUCCCCAUCUCCUCUCCGUCCUCCUAGGAAUACCUCCCCACUCGCACCUGCUCCCUGGCUAUGUUUCCUUCCAAACCAGGCUCUUUUUUCGAUAUUGUGAAACUACGUGGGAAAUCAUCGUGGUGAUUUCACAGACUACCCCUGCCGCCCCCGGCCCCCCACCCUCCUCCACUUCUCCGUCUGGAGAAUGCAUCCUGUUUGGAGGGCAGAGCCGCGCCGUCCUCCUCGCGUGAGCCACGUCCGAGGAGGAGAGAAAUGAAGGGAAUUUUCUGCAGUGGAGUCCGAGCUUUGCAAACGGGUCCUUUAAGCAUCUGCCAUUUGUCCUUUCAAACUGCAUUGUGAGAAUUCCAAGCAGGAACAUCAAGAUAACUCAAAACGGAAAAAGGAGGGGGAAAAAUCCCUCCUGCCGGUGUUUCUUCCUUUCUCUCCUAUUUUCUUGACCCUCUUUGGCUCCUUGGCUUGCUCAGGUAUGACUGCCUCGCUGCAAAACCUCGGGCCGCUGCUGCUGCUUUCCUGGACCGUGUUGCUGAUCAGCACUGCGGCUGCUUCCCAGAAUCAAGAACGGCUAUGUGCAUUUAAAGAUCCAUAUCAGCAAGAUCCAGGGAUUGGUGAAAGUCGUAUAUCCCAUGAAAAUGGCACUGUUUUAUGUUCAAAGGGUAGCACCUGCUAUGGACUUUGGGAAAAAUCCAAAGGGGACAUAAAUCUCGUGAAACAAGGAUGUUGGUCUCACAUUGGAGACCCUGAAGAGUGUCACUUUGAAGAAUGUGUUGUAACAACCACCCCUCCCUCAAUUCAGAAUGGAACAUACCGUUUCUGCUGUUGCAGAACAGACUUAUGUAAUGUCAACUUCACUGAGAACUUUCCACCUCCUGACACCACACCUUUGAGUCCUCCUCAUUCAUUUCACCGAGAUGAGACAAUAGUAAUUGCCUUGGCAUCAGUCUCUGUAUUAGCUGUUUUGAUUGCUGCCCUGUUCUUUGUAUAUAGGAUGCUAGCAGGGGAUCGUAAGCAAGGUCUUCACAGUAUGAACAUGAUGGAAGCAGCAGCCUCUGAACCCUCUCUGGACCUAGACAAUCUAAAACUUCUGGAGCUGAUUGGUCGGGGACGAUAUGGAGCAGUGUAUAAAGGUUCCUUGGAUGAGCGUCCAGUAGCUGUAAAAGUUUUUUCAUUUGCCAAUCGUCAAAACUUUAUCAAUGAGAGGAACAUUUAUCGAAUUCCUCUUAUGGACCAUGAUAACAUCGCUCGUUUCAUUGUUGGAGAUGAAAGAUUCACUGCUGAUGCACGAAUGGAGUAUUUGUUGGUGAUGGAAUAUUACCCCAAUGGUUCUUUAUGCAAGUACUUGAGUCUUCAUACCAGUGACUGGGUAAGCUCUUGUCGUUUGGCACAUUCUGUUACCAGAGGCCUGGCAUACCUUCACACAGAAUUACCAAGAGGAGAUCAUUACAAACCUGCAAUUUCCCAUCGAGACUUAAACAGCCGAAAUGUUCUUGUAAAGAAUGAUGGAACCUGUGUCAUUAGUGACUUUGGAUUGUCCAUGAGGCUAACUGGAAAUAGGCUGGUCCGCCCUGGGGAAGAGGAUAAUGCAGCAAUAAGUGAGGUCGGUACAAUCCGAUAUAUGGCACCAGAAGUGCUAGAAGGAGCAGUGAACCUGAGGGACUGUGAAUCAGCUCUAAAACAAGUAGACAUGUAUGCACUCGGUCUAAUCUACUGGGAAAUAUUUAUGAGAUGUACUGACCUCUUUCCAGCAGGUGAGUCUGUGCCCGAGUACCAGAUGGCCUUCCAGACAGAAGUAGGGAACCGCCCCACUUUUGAAGACAUGCAAGUCCUGGUGUCUAGAGAAAAGCAGCGGCCCAGAUUCCCAGAAGCCUGGAAGGAAAACAGCCUGGCUGUAAGAUCACUAAAGGAGACAAUAGAGGACUGUUGGGACCAGGAUGCAGAGGCUCGGCUUACUGCCCAGUGUGCUGAGGAGAGGAUGGCCGAACUCAUGAUGAUUUGGGAAAGAAACAAAUCAGUCAGUCCAACAGUCAAUCCAAUGUCUACUGCUAUGCAGAAUGAACGCAAUCUGUCACACAACAGGCGUGUGCCAAAGAUUGGCCCUUAUCCAGAUUAUUCUUCUUCCUCAUACAUAGAAGACUCCAUUCACCACCCUGACAGCAUCGUGAAGAACAUUUCCUUAGAACACUCAGUGUCCAGCAGCACACCUUUAACCAUAGGUGAAAAGAACCGAAAUUCAAUUAAUUAUGAACGACAGCAAGCACAGGCUCGGAUUCCCAGUCCUGAAACGAGUGUCACCAGUUUGUCCACAAAUACCACCACCACUAACACCACUGGCCUUACUCCUAGCACGGGCAUGACCACCAUCUCAGAGAUGCCCUACUCAGAUGAAACAAAUCUCCAUGCUACAAAUGUGACACAGCCAGUUGGGCCAACCCCUGUCUGCCUACAGCUAACCGAAGAAGACUUGGAGACCAACAAGCUGGACCCAAAAGAAGUUGACAAAAAUUUAAAGGAGAGCUCUGAUGAGAAUCUAAUGGAGCACUCACUUAAACAGUUCAGUGGACCAGACCCCUUGAGCAGCACCAGCUCCAGCCUGCUCUACCCACUGAUAAAACUGGCAGUGGAAGUAACUGGACAGCAGGACUUCACACAGACUGGGAAUGGUCAGGCGUGUUUAAUUCCUGACGUCCCACCUGCUCAGAUCUAUCCUCUCCCCAAGCAACAGAACCUUCCCAAGAGACCUACUAGUCUACCCUUGAACACCAAAAACUCAACGAAAGAACCCCGGCUGAAAUUUGGCAGCAAGCACAAAUCAAACUUGAAGCAAGUUGAAACUGGAGUUGCCAAGAUGAAUACAAUCAAUGCUGCAGAGCCUCAUGUAGUGACAGUCACCAUGAAUGGAGUGGCAGGCAGAAGCCACAAUGUGAACUCACAUGUUGCCACAGCCCCAUAUGCCAAUGGUGCAGUGCCAUCUGGUCAGGCCCCCAGCUCAGUGGCACACAGGGCCCAGGAAAUGCUGCAGAAUCAGUUCAGUGGGGAGGACAGCCGGCUGACUAUCAACUCCAGCCCUGACGAGCAUGAACCUUUACUGAGACGGGAGCAGCAGGCUGGCCAUGACGAAGGUGUUCUGGAUCGUCUGGUGGACAGGAGAGAUCGGCCCCUGGAAGGUGGUCGGACAAACUCCAAUAACAACAACAGUAAUCCAUAUCCAGGGCAAGAGGUUCUCCAUGUUGGCCUUCAGAGCACAGGCGCAGACCCUGGGCAGUCAAAGCCCAGAAGGGCACAGAGGCCUAACUCCUUGGACCUGUCGGCCACCAAUGUUCUGGACAGCAGUAGUUUGCAAUUAGGCGAGUCAUCACAAGAUGGCAAACCAGGAUCAGGCGAAAAGAUCAAGAAACGUGUGAAAACCCCCUAUUCCCUUAAGCGGUGGCGCCCUUCCACAUGGGUCAUCUCCACGGAACCACUGGACUGUGAGGUCAACAACAAUGGCAGUGACAGGGCUGCUCAUUCCAAAUCCAGCACUGCUGUUUUCCUUGCAGAAGGGGGCACUGCCACAACUAGGGUGUCUCAAGAUACAGGAAUGAACUGUCUGUGAAGUGUCUCACAAGCCUACCCAGAAAAGGACUUUUUUCCCCCAUCAUUUAAAACAAGAUGCAGAAGACAUUAAAGAGAAAACAAAAAUUUUAUCCUCCUGUCAGCUCCCCCUACCAAGGACUUGCUUUAAAUAGAUUUCAGCUAUGCAGAAAUUUUUUAGCUUAUGCUUCCAUAUUUUUUAAGUUUGUUUUUUUAUGUUUUUGCACUUUUAUUUAGUCUCACUAAAGUUAAGUCUGUCUGUUAUGACCACAGAAUUCUACAUAUGUGUAUCAAGAAGAGGUGGUCUCAAAAUAUUUUUUAAUGUAUUUCUGAUAAUCAGUUUGGACCAUUUUCUAAAAGGUCACUAAAAUCAGAAGCAGACUCUAAGACAGGUUUGACUGCAGUGGUGUCUUGCAUCCACGUUUGAUUUCUGUGCACAAGCUAGUUUGUAUGUUUAUACGUUCCUGAGUGUAUCUUUUGAACAUCCCUCUUGUGUUCUGUUGGAAAGUGCAAUAGUCUGAAGGCCACAAGAUGCCCGGUGUUCUUGACAUGGACACAGGCAUGUCCUCCCAUGUGGUUGAUAGUGGUUAAAUUCUUCCCCAUCAGUUGGGCUGGUCAGAUUGUGUGACAGUGGGCUUUGCAUGUUGCAACCAGCCUGAAACUGAUACCUUAUUGUCUCAUUUUUUCUCUUCAGAUGAUUACGGAGAGUGUAAAAACCUAGCCUCAAAGGGCUCUAGAGAGGGAACCAUAAACCUUAAUUUGAAUUGCAAUUCAUUUUAACCUUCCAAUCGGAAUACAUUUCCUUCCAGGCAUUUUAAGAAACCCUAAUUAGAGUAUUAAUUUUGAAAGUGCUUAAAAUAAGAGAGCAUUGAACAAGAAGUAAGAAAACACAAAUGUCAGCCAUUUUUCCACUUUAUUUUCCUUUUUGUAUCUGUACUCUUUCCAUAUUCAGUCAUAUUAUUAAUACGUUAUGUAAGGAGUACAGUUUUACCAGAAAGCAUGAAGAGCUAACACUGUGAUGUAAUUUUUAAGUAGGUAGGACUUUCUCUCAUCCCUUCUCUGAACAAUCAAGUCUUUGACCCAAAAGAGUUUCUAUUUCCUGGUUUGAAAAUGGAUUUUAGAAGUAAUUUUUAGUUACGGACCUGUAGUAUCUUGUGUAUUUAGUUCCCAGACAAAGCCAUGUGGCUUCAUCAGAAAAUGAUUCAUCUUCCUAAGACCUAAAACACUGUGUGGAAAAAUUAUUCCGUCAGCAUGCCAAAUGCCUGUGGCAGGAAGGAUUGCUGCCAAACCUGCCUGUCUUAAGCUGAUUGAGGCCGAACUUCUCUCCUUUCAAGUCAUCUCUUUCUUUGCUUUGCCUCUCACGUGGCUCCUCCCCCACGAAGUACUUUUGCCCACUCUCCACAUGAAUUGCUGAUGUAUGACCAGCAUUCGUGACAUGCUGGAUGCCUUUUUCUGCCAUAGCAUGGAUGUGUCCCAUUCUUGGGGCUCCUAUGAUGUCUAAAGCUUCCCUUACCUCUUUCAUUCCUUCUGAAACAUACCCCAGCAGCCUCAGAACAGGCUUUCUCAGAAAUUAGAGCCCCUUCUCUCAGAUGAGGGAUGCCUUUCUUUCUAAGCACAAUUCUUUGAUAACUCAACACGUGUGAACAAUGAUCAUCUGAUAACUUUUUUUUUUCCUUCAAGUGGUCCCAGGGCUUUAUAUACAUUAGCUAAGUAAUUCCCAAAAUGCUGGUUCAGGGAUCUGCCUCCUGAACUGCACUGCCUCAGGCAUGGAUUCUUCUCCAGAUGUUCCUCCAUUUAGCCAGAGACCACCAGCCUGACAGACCUUUCCUUUGCAUGCUCAUUUCCUUCUUACAUUUUCUAGCUGCUAUGAGCUCACAUCCUAGAAAUGGAAUACUCACACCACGUUUGGGUUCUUGACACUGAGUCCCUUUGUCCACUUUUUGGCACUGAUGCUAGCAAAAAAUGGUACCCCAGGCUUCCAUGUUUUGACAUUUCUCUUUAUUUGGACUCCUAUAGACUUUUCUCAAAUUUCUGCUCACAUGUGAUAAACUUGAUUUUUCUAGUGAUAAUUUGUGUAAUGAAAUUUUUGAAAAAUUUUUCCUUUGUUCUUCAGGAUUUAAAUACAUACUUCAGAGACCUUUCAGGGAAUUCUUUUCAAUAAUGGAUAAGAUAUUCAAACCCUCAUCCAAUAUGAAGUGUGUUUAAUAGUGGGGAAAGGACAUCUGAGCUCCACCUGAUCCUUCUCUUCCUGCCAUGAUAGGAAUUAGUCCAUAUGCUCCUGUGCUUCAUUUGUGGGCUAAUUCUUUGUAAGUUUUCCAACAUUCUAAUGCUUGAUGCAAUCAAAUGAUGUGAACAGAGUUUAUAUACAGAAGAAAAAAACCUCACUAUACUAUUCAUUUAACAAAAGCCUAUUAUGAUAGUUGUAUUUUCUCCCUAUACUUCUCUAGCAGUCUGAUGGGAAAAGUAGGAAAGGUAAAAAUAAAUGUGUUUUAUAAUAAAGUAUCUUAUCAGUAAAAUAAUUCUGAAAAAUGGUUUCGUUAAAUAGUCAUGAAUUUGUUUCAAACUACUUAACUGAUUAAAUAUGUUUGUCAUUCUUAGUGAAGCAAUUUCACUUUAACUGUCUUCAUUAUGGCUCUGCUACUGCUACAGAGCAGUAGACUAAAAUAGACGUUUCUCAGUUCUGGUGUUUAACUGACAUUGAAAACAUUGGCAUUUAGAAAGUAGUUUGAUCUUUUUAGCAAACAAAAGCUUUAUGAUGAAAAUAAUAGAAUGUAGUUCACUGAACAGCAGGAAAGAAACUUUUAAGAUCUAAUAAGUAACCCAGUUCCAAAAUGAUACCCCUAACUAAAGUUAAACUAGCAUACCAAAAAUCUGUGGUUGAAAGUUUUUGAUUCAUUUUUGGGGGGAAAGGGUUUAAUUAUAAUUUAUGAGGAAAAUAAUUUUCCUUUCCUUUGUUAAUGGGCUAGAAGACAUUAGAAGACAGGUAUAUCAUCAGUAGACUGACUGUAAAUAAGGGAUUGUGCCAAUAUUAUAUAUAAACAACAAAAAGGAUAAUCUAUAUACUGCUUGGUUGGAUGGAAUUCAGUCACAGUAGGCAAGCACAGGACCAGGCAUGCUAAUUGUUUUAGCAAAGUGAAAACUAAGAGGUAAGCAGGCAUCAGAAGAAAAGGGUAAACAUGUCUGAAGUUAAUUUUCUCUACAUAUAGCCCAGAAAAUAUGGCUAAUUUAAGACAAAAAAAAAUUCAGUUCAAUACAUGCUACCAUGAAUUCUAAAAAGGUUUCAUUUCUGCUCUUCUUAACUUUACAUUGCAGACUUAAGGCAAAAUUAUUUUUAGUAAAGUGGAAAGUGAAUUACUGGUAUAGAGAGACUUUUUGUAAUGAUUCCUUAUUAAUAUAAAAGACUUGAAUUUUUGGUUAAUAUGUUUAUUGAGCUCAGUUCUAUCAAAUAUUUGUUUCCAUUGGGAAAACUAUCUCCUUUUAGGGUGGCAAAAUAUGAUUUUGUCAUUUUAGAAAACAAUACUGAGAUAAAGAAUGGACAUAGUAUGUGGGAAGAUGACAAGGAAAAGCUUUGUGUCAAGUGGGUCUUGUAAGGCUGAUUCCUAUUCGUCCACUUGCUCUAUAAAACUUUAAUUGAUCCUGGAGGCAUCAAGAAUUGAUGUAGGAAACAUUUGAUUAAAUAUAUGCAUAUACAUGAGUGGAGUUAUCUUAAAAUGAAACAAUUUCUAAACUAAAUUUUCCAAAUUUAGUACAGAAUGCUAAUUUGAAUGGCUUAAUAGACUAAGAGCUAUGUGAUGUUUCUAGCUAGAAUGAAAACACAAGAAUCAUUUUGGAGUGGACCACACUUAAAUAAACUUAAUAAGUUUUUCAUCUUAUAUUUAUAUAACUGAAUUUUCCAAAGGUGGUAAUUUUCUAAUAGAUUCUGAAAUCACAUAUGAUUAUAUACUUCCUUCUCUAAAUUUCUGUGAUAUUCACUGUCAGUAUCACAUAGCUUGGCAUAUCCUAUCAGUUCCAUUCUCCAGUAUGCAAAAUAGUAUUCAUAAUGUUAAAAUCCCAAUCUUGAGUGAUGUGAAUUUUAGCCAAAACCACCUUGCAUGUCACCUUUGUGGGUAUACUUGAUAAAGAAAUAAAACUGGUUAAUCACUGGUUGGUGUACUUAUCUGAAAGACAGAACUAACAGGGCUCUCUACCAGAUAUUCAAAAUUAACCCAAUACAUAAAAGACUUUAGGAAAUAAUAGGAUUGGGAGGACCAUAGCAGAUUAGAAGCAGCCCGGCUGAAUUCUCUUAACAUUCCCCUACAAACAACUUUAAAAUAGUGCCUCAAAUCAAAUUUUGGAAUGGCAUAGUCAACAAAAGGUCAAGGUGAGAAAUUUUUCCAGGCUAAGAAAACUUAGAAGAUCAGCAGGAGAAGUUUGUGACACUGGGGUGGAAGCUUGACCAGAGCCCACAUACAUGGUGGCAGCAACAGUUGCUGUAGUGGCAGCAGCUAUGGGAGCUCUCAGCCCAGAGAGGGUAAGGGGGUCAGACAACUGGUUAUAGGACACCCUUUGCUAACAUUGGGUAUUGCUGGCACAGAUAAGCAACCCUGUUACCCAUAAGCACUUUUGGGUUGCAGUUCAAAGGUGGAGAGGGAUUCUGAGGGUCAGUCACAGAGGAGCAGGGACCCUGGUCACAGCACCAAUGCAAAGAGAACACUAGUAGCUAUAGGGGACCAAGUGCCCUUCCUAGAUAAAGACCAAAGCACAGACCAGGAAAAUAAUGACCACAGCUCUCUCUGAAUCACCCCACAUUGGAAGCACCAUGAACUUGCAGACCCCCAGAACUAGCUCUGAAAACAGCAGCAUGAAAAAGCCUGAAGCUUGGGACAGUACUCCCUCCCCACCCCACCCCACCCCCACAACUCCCAUGAGCAGAGCCGUUUUAACAUAAAGGUCAAAGUCAAAAAAUAGGAAAAAUGAGUGAACAACCAAAAAAAAAAAGAAAAGAAAAGAAUUUGAUCAUAAAAAGUUAUUGUGGUGGCAGGGAAGACCAAGACAUAAACUCAGAAGAAGACAAUGUGAAACAAGCACAAGCAAAUCCUUAGUGAAAAAUGCUAAUUGGAUUCAAGCCCAACAAGAAUUCUUGGAAGAGUUAAAAACAGAGAUAAGAGUGGUAGAGGAAAACUUGAGAAAACAAAUGAGAGUGAUGCAAGAAAAUUAUGAAAAGAGAAUUAACGGCUUGGUAAAAAAAGGCACAAAAAUUCACUGAAGAAAAUAAUUUCUUAAAAAUUAGAAUUGGCCAAGUGGAAGCUAAUUAUUCCGUCAAAACAGUAAGAGUCAAAAAGAUUGGGAGGGCUGGGCCAUCUAGCUGUUUGUCCAUUUAAACUAAUAUUGGUCUUGUGUACCUACUCCAGAAAAUGAACUAUGGAAUGCUUUGUUUUUAGAAUGUCCAGUCUUUACCAAGUUCUUGUACAUUUUAUAAGCCUUCUGAUUCCUCUCUCCCAAUAUAAAAUGGUCACAAUCCUCGAUAUAGCAUCCUUUUGUACACUUGAAAACUGUCCCGUCCUUUAGUUUUUCCUACCUUCAUAAUCAUUUUUAUUCAUAGUUUUAAACAGUUAAAACAUAAUCAUAGCAUUCAAAUAAUCCCCUAGUUGAAUAGGUGCAGAAAUUGAAAGCUAAGAUUGCAGAACUUGACAAAAGGUUCAAUUAUGAUGCUAUUAGCAAAUUAGCCCUUGAGGCUAAUUUAGAUUGGACCAUCUAACAUUUUGUAAAUUUCAACAGUAGGCCUUUAUGUUUAAAUGUUCCCACCAAUUAAAAGUGUAAAGCCAUGCAUGAAAGAGUUGUACAUCUCACUAGCUUGCCAUACUUUGAUAUUAUUUUAACUUUUAUUGAAGCAAGCUUUGUAUCUUUGUAAUAGAUCCAUAGUAAUGUAUAGACCUAUCUAGACUACAAUAUUUCAUACACUAAAUGCUACAAGUUCGGCUAUCAAAUAGAUAUACUAUACUAAUCAAGUAUCAUCUGUGGGAAUUUUCAUAGGCCACUUUUUAAAUGUACAUAUUUCAUUGCAGCAUAGAUUGGAUUGUGACAACCAAUUUUCAUUCUUUUAAUUUUUUUCUGAAUUCCCUUCAAUGGCUGAUUAAAGCUGAGUUAUUUCCGCAUAUAAAGAAAAAAGGUUAGAAAUUCAGUUGAUAGCAAAUACACCUAAAAGCAAACAAUUCAAAAAAUGUGUAGUCUGUAUAUUAAAAUUAUGCCUAAAAUAAAUCUAAGAUUUCAAAAGGAUUACUUGAACCUUUAAGUUCCGUUAUUAUUGUUAUGAUGAUGUUCAUACAGUUAUUAUGAAAACAUUGUAUACAUGUUUAUUUUUAAACCCAAUUUAACACUUAAAACCUAGAUUUAAAAUUUCUUUGGAGGAAGAAAUCUAGACUAAAAUCACAUCAUGUAGGGCCUCAAUUUAGGAUUGAAUUUUUUAAACAUAACUUUGACACAAGCAUUUUUUUUUUUAGUGAGGCAAGUGGGGUUAAGUGACUUGCCCAGGGUCACACAGCUAGUAAGUGUUAAGUGUCUGAGGCUGGAUUUGAACUCAGGUUCUCCUGAAUCCAGGGCCAAUGCUCUAUCCACUGCACCACCUAGCUGCCCCUAAACAUAACUUUUAGAUUAUGAUAUUUACAGUGUUUUAAAAGAUAAUUUUUCAUUUUUUACCAUUUAAUUUUGCAAUUGUAGAUUUCAAAAACAAGUUAUUUUAGACUUUUGAGCAUCUAUGUCAGGAUACCCAAUUUUGCUUAAGCACUCAGGGCCCACCAUGUCCCUUUGCACACUAUGGACUUCAAGUUGUUAGCAUCUAGACAAUUGGGUCCAAUCUAAUACAUAAGUGUAACCUAUGUAUUGCACAGUACAUUUUAUUUCAUCUUACGUUGAUUCAAUUUACAUAAUUACGUUACAUAAAAGGAGAGAUUCAUAAGAACUUGUCUGGUCAUAUAAUAAAAGGAUGAAUAAAAGGAUGGUUCUGAAGCAAAGAAACCUUCCAGAUUAAUUGGUUACAUGUUGCUACACAGUCAAUAAUAGUCUCCUCGUUGAAAAUACCAUCUUCAAAGCCAUUUCAGCCCUUUGAAUGAAUGAAUAUGCAGGUUGGCUUGAGUGGGUUGUUUGGGUUUUUUUAAUGGAGGAGCUCACACAUGUGGUAGAAUUUUUCUCAGCAAAUAACUUGCUUAACCUUGUAAAACUUUUUUUUCCAAAACAUAAUUCAGCAAAUCCAGAAAUAAUUUAGAAGUCCAAUAAGAAAGAGCCCAAGAUAGUCACACUCUUCUAUCUAUUCACAUUGUUGAGCCCAGCAGGAAUUUGCCAAGUUACUCUACAUCCAUAGCUAUUGAUUCAGACUUGAGCCAGUUUUGUUUUUUAAAUUACCAGGCAAGUUAAGACCCAAAGCUAGGUGUUCACAUACUUAAUCCUGCUAGUGAAGUAGUCUGAAAUCUAAUCUUUCAUCUCAGGCAAUACACCUUGGUAUCAAUCCAUUCAUGUUUAUAAGAAAACUAGCACCCUCCCCACAAAAUGUUUAACAUUGAGUGACUGAAAGAACACAAAAGACCUAAAAAGAUACAAUUCAAAGUUAAUUCGGCCUACAUUUUAACUUUGAAUUACCUGGCUUAUGUGGCUUUUUUUUUUAUCACAUUUAUUUAUUUAAAUAGUUUUGUAUUCUUUGUCUUUUCAUUUUCUUAGGUAAUGUGCUGCAUAGAUGUUUGUAUAAACUGAAGUCAUCCUUAGAUUUCAGUUGGUGACUUUUUUCUCAUGACUAUACAUGGUUUACUGUAAAAUACACUAACUUCUAGGGUUUGGUGUUUGUAGAAGCUGAAACAUGGAGAUAUAUAGCUGCCAUGGUUAUUAGGAAAGGACAGGAGAAAUAUAAACUAGAAAACAUUCAUGUCUAAAUAUGCUUUUCUGGAAAAGAAAGUGUAAAAAAAAAUCAGAAUCUCCUCAGAACCCUCUUGUUAACGGGUAUUUUUUGUUGGUGUGUUUUCCUCUUAAAUUGGUGUCCAUUCCUCUCAAAUUAUGAAUGGAAUAUCAUGUAUGAAUUUAUAAAUAAUUACUUUUAGUUAUUUUGCUUUUGUAUAAGCUGUCUGAUAACUUGCUAUGCUGUAUAAGUUGUGUUUGAUGGAACAGUGUGAGUAUGAAAUAUGAAAUAAAGCAAAUUACUUUUCUUUUUUUUUAUCAUCUAUGGAUGCCACUAUGAAAGCUGACAUUAAGCCACUACAGAGUUUUCUAUGAAUACUUGUAAGUAAACGCUUUGAUAUAUAUAAACCUAAAUAAAAAAAAGAUUGUAUUGAUACAGAGACAUUGGAUAAGAGAAUUUUAAGACAGUUCUUUAGGUUUAAAAAAGGCUUGCUGUAAAAUGAUGCGUUACUCCAUUUAUUAAAGAUCAUAUGAAUGAU